AGUCAUCUCACAGUAAUCUUGCACUGUGCUCUUAUAGGUGAAGAUGCUGGAAGCAGAUCUGGUUUCAAAAAUGCUACGAGCUGUUCUACAGUCUCAUAAGAAUGGAAUAGCAUUGCCUCGGCUGCAAGGAGAGUACAAAUCCUUGACUGGAGACUGGAUCCCCUUCAAGCAGUUAGGUUACCCGUCACUAGAAGCCUAUCUGAGAAGUGUGCCAGCAGUGGUCAGGAUAGAGACCAGUAGAUCUGGUGAGACUACCUGUUAUGCUGUGGCCUGCACAGAAACUGCAAGAAUUGCUCAGCUUGUGGCUCGUCAGAGGAGCUCUAAAAGAAAGACUGGGCGGCAAGUUAAUUGUCAGAUGAGAGUAAAGAAAACCAUGCCGUUUUUUCUGGAAGGAAAACCAAAAGCAACUCUCAGACAACCAGGAUUUUCUUCAGAUUUUUCCAUCAGCAGAAAGCCUAAUGCAGCUCUGUCAAGAGACAGAGGAAACUCUCUUGGAGUCAAGCCUGAGGCUGAAUUACCACCUUACACAGCACACACACAUGUUGGAAGUGAAGUGUUCCAAAGUGUUCCCAUGCAGAGGCAUGUGACCAUGCCUACCAACAACAGGUUUAGUCCAAAAGCAUCCCUUCCACCACCUUUACAGAUACAUCUCUCAAGAACCUGUACUAAGGAAAUGAGUGAUAAUUUAAAUCAGACUGUUGAAAAACCAAAUGUCACGCCUCCUGCCUCUUACACUUACAAAAUGGAUGAGGUUCAAAACCGCAUAAAGGAAAUGCUAGACAAGCAUAGCAAUGGCAUUUGGAUGUCUAAGCUUCCACAUUUUUACAAAGAGUUAUAUAAAGAAGAACUUAAUCAAGGAAUCGUACAACAGUGUGAGCACUGGCCUCAUAUUUGCACGGUGGAAAGACCUUACAGUGGUGGUCAAGACUUGCUUCUUUAUCCAGCUAAGAGAAAGCAGCUUUUGAGAAGUGAACCGGACCCUGAAAAAGUGCCUCCAUCUCCACUUCCUGCUCCACUAAGAGGGUGUCCCACAGUCAUGCCAGGAGACUUUAAAGAGAAAGUCUCAGAGCUGCUGGUGAAAUACUCAAAUGGUCUUUGGGCCAAUGCACUUCCAAAAGCAUUUGAGGACACGUACAAAGUAAAAUUCCCCGAGGAUGCCUUAAAAAAUCUUGCCUUGCUUUCUGAUGUAUGCACCAUAGACUACAUUUCUGGAAAUCGCAAGAAGGCCAUUCUCUAUGCUAAACUUCCACUGCCCGCUAACAAAACCCUGAUGGAUGCAGGGCACGCACACGGUGAUUAUGCUUUCAGGUCCAUGAUUGAAGAAGAAUAUAUGCAGAUAGAAGAGAAUGCUGUCGAAAGUGCCGAUACCAUUUUGGAGAAUGUAACAGUUCCUCCGCUAGUCAUUCCAACUGAGGCAUCCCCAUCAGUAUUGGUGGUUGAACUGAGCAACACAAAUGAAGUGGUCAUCAGGUAUGUGGGCAAAGACUACUCUGCUGCUCAGGAAUUAAUGGAGGAUGAAAUGAAGGAUUAUUACAGUAGGACCCCGAGGAUCACACCAGUCCAGACUGUGCAUGUUGGGCAGUUGCUGGCCGUCCAUGCCGAGGAGGACGCUUGGUUACGGGCCCAGAUCACCUCGACAGAAGGGAACAGAAUCAAGGUAUGCUAUGUUGACUAUGGAUUUAGUGAAAAUGUUGAAAAGAGCAAAGCAUACAAAUUGAACCCAAGGUUCUGUUCCCUCUCAUUCCAAGCUACAAAGUGUAAGCUAGCAGGGUUGGAAGCUCUCAGUGAUGAUCCUGGUUUAGUGAAGGUGGUUGAAUCUUUAACUUGUGGGAAGAUCUUUGCAGUGGAAAUUCUUGAAAAAGCUGAUAUUCCACUUGUUAUUCUGUAUGAUACCUCAGGAGAAGAUGAUAUCAAUAUCAAUGCCACCUGCUUAAAGGCCAUAUGUGACAAGUCACUCGAGGCUCACCUUCAGGUUGAUGCCAUGUACACAAAUGUCAGAGUGACUAAUAUUUGCUCUGAUGGCACACUCUACUGCCAGGUGCCUUGUAAGGGGCUGAACAAGCUCAAUGACCUUCUGCAUAAGAUAGAGGAUUACUUCCAUUGUAAGCACAUGACCUCAGAGUACUUCGUUUCCUUACCCUUCUGUGGGAAGAUCUGCCUCUUCCAUUGCAAAGGAAAAUGGUUGCGAGUAGAGAUCAUGAACGUUCACAGCAGCCGGACUCUGGAUGUUCAAUUUCUGGACUCCGGCACCGUGACAUCCGUAAAAGUAUCUGAGCUCAGGGAAAUUCCCUCUCGGUUUCUACGAGAAAUGGUUUCGAUACCAUCUCAGGCCAUCAGGUGCUGUUUAGCAGAUGUUCCACAAUCUGUUGGCAUGUGGACGCCAGAUGCUGUGCUUUGGUUAAGAGAUUCUGUUUUGAAUUGCUCGGACUGUAGCAUUAAGGUUACAAAAAUGGAUGAAACCAGAGGGGUCAACCACGUUUAUUUAUUUACUCCUAAGAACUUCCCUGAUCCUCACCGCAGCAUUAACCGCCAGAUUACAAACGCAGACUUGUGGAAGCAUCAGAAGGAUGUGUUUCUGAGUGCCCUCGCCAGUGAAGCUGGCUCUCCCAACAGCAGAGGCGGGCACACCGUCACUGAGAGCAACACCGGGGAGAGUAUCAGAAAGAGCCUCGUGGAAGUCAGCAAAAAGCCCGUGGUGGAUCACAUCAGCUCUUUCUCCACGGAGCAGCUGCCGCCUCCUGUGCACUUGGCAAAGCCAGGGGAACACAUGGAUGUGUACGUGCCUGUGGCCUGCCACCCGGGCUACUUUGUCAUCCAGCGCUGGCAGGAGAUCCAUAAACUGGAGGUUCUGAUGGAGGAGAUGAUCCUGUACUACAGUGUGUCUGAGGAGCGCCGCGUGGCAGUGGAGAAAGACCAAGUGUACGCCGCCAAAGUGGAAAAUAAGUGGCACAGGGUGCUAUUAAAGGGAAUCCUGACCAAUGGACUGGUAUCCGUGUACGAGCUGGACUAUGGCAAGCACGAGUUAGUCAACAUCAGAAAAGUACAGCCCCUAGUGGACAUGUUCCGAAAGCUGCCAUUCCAAGCAGUCACGGCUCAACUAGCAGGAGUGAAGUGCAACCAGUGGUCUGAGGAGGCUUCCAUGGUGUUUCGGAAUCAUGUGGAGAAGAAACCUCUGGUGGCACUGGUGCAGACAGUGAUAGAAGGUGCUAACCCUUGGGACCAGAAAGCGGUGGUCUAUUUAGUGGACACAUCCCUGCCAGACACGGAUAUCUGGAUUCAUGAUUAUAUGUCAGAAUAUUUGGUAGAGCUUUCAAAAAUUAAUUAAUCGCUGCUCUGAGACCUCCACGACUAAUUCAGAUUUUCUAGCAAUAACAAAAUGUAGUAGGUUUAAAAAAAUCUUAUCUCUGCUACAUGGCUCUGACUGCUGUGGGGAUUGAAAAGAAUAUGUUAUGUUUGGUGAAAACUAUUUAAUAAGUAGUAUUUAACAGAGUUGAAUUUUCAAAAAAAAUUGCACUUGAGUUAUUACUAUAAUAUUAGAUUAAAAUGUUUAUCAAUAUAAAAA